GCGAAUAUCUUGACAGCGAGGAUGAGUUACUUUAUGGUGGAGCAAAAAAUACUACAUCUGAUGAAAAAAGUCCUUUCGUGCAUGCUCCACACUUAUCAAAAGACAAAAAACCUUAUUGGUGGAUUUUUAUGGCUGAUGAUAAAAGAGAUAAAAUUAUGAUUGAGCCCAUUAAAAUAACUGACAUUGUUACUAGUAAAACAUUUAAAUUCCAAUUUGCUGCCCCUCGCGAUCCAGGAUUAUAUACUUAUGUUGCAUAUAUUAAGAGUGAUUCAUAUGUUGGAACUGAUAUUAAAAAGGAACUACGUGUAAAUGUGAAAGAUCUUUCUGUGCUUCCACCCGAAAAUGAAGUUGAUGAUGAUAUAUCAGAACCUGAAGAAGAUUCAUUCGCUGGACAGUUAAAACUAGCAAGAGAACAAGGAAUUUACUCAAUGAUGGCUAGUGCAAAUGGUAGCGAAAAGAAGAAAGAAGACAGCGAUAGUAGUGAUGAUAGUGAUGAUGAGUAA